AGUUGUUCGUACACAUAGAGCUAGGGGAAAAUGGCUUUGGGUAGAAACGCUGUGAGGAUCUUGUUCCUCGUGAUGGUGGUGUGCGCCGCGCAAGCGGGGAAGCCCGCCCCGAAGGAGAAGGAGGAGAAGGGGAAGGAGAAGUCGGGCGCCUCCGCACCGGAGGCCGCAGCUGGGCCGGAGGGCGCCGCGGAGGCGUCCGGGCCGGGUGGGUCCUUUGACAUAUCCAAGCUGGGAGCCAAGGGCGACGGCAAGACGGACAGCACCAAGGCGCUGACGGAGGCGUGGGCGUCGGCGUGCGCGAAGACCGGGGCGCAGAAGAUCCUGAUCCCCAAGGGAGACUACCUGACGGGAGCCCUCAACUUCACCGGGCCGUGCAAGGCCAGCUCCAUCACCUUCCAGGUCGACGGAAACCUGCUCGGCUCCACCGACCUCAGCCAGUUCAAGGGCAACUGGAUCGAGAUCAUGCGCGUCGACAACCUCGUCAUCACCGGCAAAGGCAAGCUCGACGGCCAGGGGCCAUCCGUCUGGAGCAAGAACGCCUGCGCUAAGAAAUACGACUGCAAGACCCUGCCCAACUCGUUGGUGCUGGACUUUUGUAACAACGCCACCAUAGAAGGGAUCACGCUACUGAACGCCAAGUUCUUCCACAUGAACAUCUUCGAGUGCAAGGGCGUGACCGUCAAGGACGUGACCGUCACCGCGCCGGGAGAAAGCCCCAACACAGACGGCAUUCACAUGGGGGACUCGUCCCAGGUCACCAUCACCGGCACGAACAUCGGCACCGGGGACGACUGCAUCUCCAUCGGUCCCGGCACCUCAGGGGUCAACAUCACCGGCGUCACCUGCGGCCCCGGCCACGGCAUCAGCAUCGGCAGCUUGGGCAGGUACAAGGACGAGAAGGACGUGACGGACAUCACGGUCAAAGACUGCACGCUAAAGAAGACCACCAACGGCGUCCGGAUCAAGUCCUACGAGGACGCAGCGUCGGUGCUCACCGCCUCCAAGAUCCACUACGAGAACAUCCAGAUGGACGACGUGGCCAACCCCGUCAUCAUCGACAUGAAGUACUGCCCCAACAAGAUCUGCACCUCCAACGGCGGCUCCAAGGUCACCAUCAAAGACGUCACCUUCAAGAACAUCACCGGCACCUCCUCCACCCCCGAGGCCGUCAGCCUGCUCUGCUCCGAGAAGAUCCCCUGCAGCGGCGUCACCAUGGCCGACGUCAAGGUCGAGUACAAGGGCACCAACAACAAGACCAUGGCGGUCUGCAACAACGCCAAGGGCAGCGCCACGGGCUGCCUCAAGGAACUGGCUUGCCUCUGAUUGAUUCAUCCAUCAAUCCAUUUCUCUGCUCCAACGUACCAUUAUCUCCACCAACUACUUCCUUUCUUUUUCUUUCUUCACAAAAGAAGAUCGAUCAGUCGAUGAAAUAAUCGCAAAAAUCCCCUUCAAUAUUACACUACCAAGACACUAGCAGUUCCCUGUAAAUCCUCCGUGCAUGGCACCUUCCGUCGA